CGGCAUGUCGCUGGCAGUCCUGGAAUUAGUGAGCAUCAUCCUAUUGCUGUGCACGGCUGAAGUGCUACCCGGUCAGCCGCAGAGUAGGGAUCCGCCCACCCAGAGCCUGGAUGAGUUCCGGCAGAGGUAUCUGCUGCCGCUGAUCUCCUCCGACACCCGGAACUGCACGCUUAACGCCUGCGAGUCGCUGGGUAUUGUCUCCCAGCUGCUGAUGCUCAUCAACUCCAUGCCGAAUGGCACCCAAUCUCCAGCCAGAGAUCAGAGGCCGCCAAAGCCGAAGAUGGAUGUCCAUGGCAAUGGGGACGCGAACAGCGACGAGAUCAACGCCAUGACCCACUUGGCAAACUUUGACCUGGUGAAGCGGGUGCGCCAGAUCGAGAGUCGUCUGCGGUCCGUGGAGCAGCCCAUCUGGCACCUGUCCAGCGGCAGCCAGAUCGAGUGGAACCACUGCACCUCCGGCGUGUGUCGCUGCAAUCCGGAUACGAAGAGUUUCACCUGCUGGAACACGAACCUGAAGUCGGUGCCCGUCACCCAGGUUAUACCCAUGAAUAUGGUAUCCAUUGAUCUGUCUCGGAACAUCCUCUCCACCCUGCACAAGGACACAUUUCGAGGACUGACGUUGCUGAAGGAGUUGGAUAUAUCGAACAACGUGCUGGACUUCUUACCCUUUGACUUGUUCCAGGAUCUGGAUAGCCUGCUGCAUUUGCGCAUUCAGAACAACCAACUGGAGGACAUUGAUCCGCGCACUUUUUGGAAGCUGCGCAAUCUGAAUAUUCUCGAUCUGAGCAAGAACGAGAUCGGACUGCUGCCCGAGUCGAUCUUUUUCCACGCCCAACGGCUCACCGUGAUCAAUAUGUGCGACAAUCAAAUCAAGAACUUUCCCCCCAACCUGUUGCGCGACCAACUGGAGCUGGAGGAGCUGGAUAUGUCGCGGAACAAGAUCGAAAGGCUUGGCUCCGGCAGUGUUCGCUCUUUGGAAAAGUUGAAAACUCUGGAUUUUGGCUGGAAUCAAAUUGCCAAGAUAGACGAUGACUUCUUUGCGGGCUUGAAGAGCCUGCGCAUCCUGAUGCUGCACAACAAUCGGAUCUCAUCGAUUUCGGGCACCAUAUUCAAUAACCUUUUCAAUCUGGUGACCCUGGACCUAACAAUGAACCGGAUAAGUCAUAUCGAUGGUCAGGCAUUUGUGGGGCUGAAACAUCUGAAUGAACUGCUCCUGGGCCAGAACUCAAUGUCCAGCAUCCCCGCAGAUCUCUUCCUGCAUGUCAGUGCGCUCACCAGGCUGACGCUCUUCUCCAACAACCUCACCACCCUGGAGGAAGACGAUUUCCGGGGACUCGGCAGCCUGAAGAUUCUCAUGCUGAACAAUAACAUCCUGAAGUACUUCGACGCCAGGGCCUUUGAGCCGCUCACACAGCUGGAAAAGCUGCGCAUUGACUCCAACAAGCUGAUGUUCCUGCCCUCGGGGGCCCUCCAUGGUCUGGACAAGCUGGUGGCCGUCAAAUUGGAUAAGAAUCCGUGGCACUGCGACUGCCGUGCCCUGUACCUGGCCCGCUGGAUACGCGAGUUCGUGCUGAAACUCUGGGACGGACAGCAGCCCAUGUGUCGCGGCCCCGGCGAUUUGGGGGGCCACGAGGUGGGUCUGCUGCGCUACGACGAUCUCUGCGACGGACAGUGGGCCAGCAUGCUGUCCCUGUCGCCACGUCUCCCGGUCCGCAAGCAUCGCAUCUCCACUCCGAUGAACUAUACUGACUAUUUCAAUCUGUACUUGAAGCACAUCUACAACAAGACCACCGACGAGGAGCUCAAAGAGGCAGAGAUUACCAGUGUGGCCAUCAAAAAGGUGCAUCACGACUGAUCAUUGCCUCAGUGGGGAUGCUAAAGUAGUUAUUGAAGCUAAAGCUUAAAGGAUUUUGUGGAGGAUUGCUGGUAGAGUGUAGGAGUCGCAAAUAAAGGCACGCCGGUUCCUCCUACAUAUCCGUAUCCUACUCAGACGAGACUGAGUACUUCCUCCUUUCCAAAAAUGAUUUCCUUAUAAAUUUUGCCCCUCCCACUCUGACAAAACAAAUUUAAAGUCAAUUA